UGGUUCAAGUGGCUUAUGCUGGAGGUUCCACCUGGUUGCCGCCCGACUCAUGGCAAAGGGCAUUUCGGCGGGCAUGGCAUCUGAUCUGUAUUGCAUCAACCACGAACAUUGGCGAUACCAUCCUCCUCAAGAUUGAAGAAACUCACGAGCGGCAACAACACUUGCUGACUCAGAUCUUAAAUGCUCUGCAGCAGGACGUUGCCCCGCACCGGCAUGCAGUACAAAGACUGAGCGAGCCUGUCAAGCCCACACGACACUCUGUCAAGAAGCGAUCAGUGCCAUUGUCCUCAACUUCCAUUGUGCAAGGCCAAGUUCCGAGCAUGAUGGAAAUGCAUCUGGAUCUGCUGAGGGAGCUGGGGAGUCAUUUGGUGCAUAGGAACUGCACAAGUUGUGUCAGCACUCUGGGCCUAUAUCUUGACUGACUCCUCCUCCCACUCAUUGUCACCGUCGAAGCCGAGCCCAAGCUUCCACACCUUCUCGUCAGUUGACGAGGGCAGUGAGGUAGAUAUCAUUCCGCGGCCCCAUUUGAUCUUGCAGGACGCAGAUGAGCCGGACAGUGAGAUCCCAGGGCUGGUUGGCGACGCAAGUCGCUUUCUGAACGUGCCGCGGCCAAACCGCGGGUCUCGCAUGCACUCCAUGGACAAGUCCUCACAGGUCCAAAUCCUGGAGUCCCACUCCAACCUGACGCCACUCGAAGUGCAGCCAACCAGUGCGCGUGGCUUCAGGCUUCUGGAAGAGCAUCCCAUUUUGCUGUACUUCCUCAUCGGCUCGCCAGCUCUAGCAAUGCUUGUGGUAGUUCUAGGUUUUACCAUCAUCCAUCAUCAGAUGAUCAGCUACGGCUUCACAGUCUUUACCACAGCUCUGUACUUCCUCCUCGCCCUGGGCUCCAUUUUCUUGCUGGGCCGUGCCCUCAGGUCCUCGGACUUGCACUUGGCCACAAGCCGGCUCAACGUUUUCGUCUCAGACUUCAAGUUGCGUUGGACCGAAGUCUCGGGCAAGGAAGGCUGGAAAUACGCUGCGGCCUGGUGCUUCAUGAUGAUGUGCUUCUCCGUCACGCAGGGCUGCGAAGCAUUCUUGACUCAGACUGAAGAAGCCUCCCCAGACGUUCGAGCGUGGAAGCAUGUGAUUCAGGUGGUAUCAAGCAUAAGCUUUGGAGUAUCCAGCGCCGUGGUGAUGCUUUCUGCUUACAUCCAGUCGCAUCUUUUACUUGGUCUGGACAAGAGCUUGGACUGCUGGUGUUGCCGCAUUGUCAAUGACGUGAACUUUUCGACUGGCGUCGAGAGUUGGAACGCCAUGCAAGCACUUUUGAAGUGUGUUGGUCGCGAGCUAGCGAGUAGCUUCGUCGCCCUCCAAGCUCUGGCAACCUUGGGCUUCAUCUAUUUUUUAGUGAGCGGUGUGACGAUGAUUUUCCGCACAGAGUUCAGUGUGCUUCCCUUGCUCGUGGAAAGCUUCUCUUCUAUGCCUCUUCUCUUUCUCUUCAUGCUGAGCAUGCGUGUUUGCGCUCAUGGAGCCGACCUCACCGAGAAGUGUCGCGCCAUGCCGGCUUUUGUGAACCAGAUCCCCACAAACCUAUACUUGGACAGUGGACGUCAGUAUCUUGUUCAGUUCAUCGCUGACAGCUCAGCUGGGUUCACCGUGCGGAACGUGAAGCUAACUCAGGAAGUCUUCCAAAAGCAACUCUAUGUCUUCGUUGGUCUGGUCUCAGGUCUCGUCAGCGUGUUCUCGCGGAUGUACCUGUAGAGAUCCUGAUGCCCCAUUUCCCAUUUCCACAUCUACUCGCUUUACGCACCUUCAUGCAGACUUGACUAGUUCAUUUUCUUGCCAGUUGUGGCUCGGUCAGCAAGAAACAGGUUUCAACUGCAGAGCACUUUCUGUUUGCCAAAGAGACACUGGCACAAAGCGGGGUGUGACUCAGUUGAUUGCAUCGUUCAUUCCAAUUCGAAGAGCCCCCUGGUUGGAUGGCAGUGCAACUCUUUAGGCCAUGGCUAUGAUGGCCAUGCAGGCCAGACUACCCUCCAAGAGGUGAGGUCGGCCUGGGACUUCCUACCUUGACUGAGGAGCCACGGGGUUCAGAUGUGGUACCAGCAUCUGGCAACAUGGACCUCUUUGCAGCCCCAAAUUGGGCAGCUUUCAGCCUUUUUCCUCUAUUGGUGCUUGCAAAGCGGC